UUGUACCUGUCGUAUACAUUCUAUUCCGCACGAAUCACGUAGUUAAACCGUGAUGUUUCCGUCCGUUUCUUCAGUCGCACGGCUGUUUUCGGAAGUCUGUCAGCCGCCGUGACUUCGGCCAGGAUUUCCGGCUGCUUUUACAUCUGCCCUUCUCUUGUUUUGUUUCCGUUUCUUCCAUUUCCGUUUUAACUUUCCAGAAUCAAAAGUCUUGAUGUGUAGCAACCCCUGGAAGUUUUAAAAAGUAGUCUUUUACGCCCAAUUUUGCGGUUAUAUUACGAAACCCAAAAGCACUCCAACAUGGCAACUGCGUUUGUAUCGACUCGCGCGUCGUCUUCCCACCCAGUCGCUGGUGGAAAUUAUAUUAAUAAAAGCCUUUCCGUUUUAAUCCACACACUAAAAUAAUAAAUGGCUUGACCAAAUGUUUGGCAUAUUUAAUAAAUAAUUGCUUCUCCUGUGUUUAAUAAGAGUGCUUAUAUGGGGAAAUGCCAUGGUGGGCCUGUACUCAAGCAAAGCCUCGGUGUUGCGUGAGAGUUUAUUGGACUUCAGAGACUUCGUAGAGACCGCAAGAUUGGACAAGGAGUUGAAGGGAUGUCAAAAAGUGAGACAGAGGAGAUGAUUGAAAUUGAGAUUGAUGGACGGGAGAAACAGGAGUGUCUAGAGGAAGGGAUCGAGGAGCAGACCAUCACAGCAGCUGAACUGAUUACUCAAGACAUUGACAUCAAUGAGCCGAUCGGCAACCUGAAGAAGUUACUGGAGCCUCGUCUUCAGGUCCCGCUGGAUGGAUAUGACAUUUGUCUGCAGGACAUCCUAUUGCAUCCUGAUCACAGCCUGUUCGAUCAAGGAGUGAAAACAGAUGGUACAGUACAGCUCAGCGUGCAGAUUGUCACGAAACAGGGUGAAGAAAAAUUGAAUAUUCUGGAGAUUGUGAAACCGGUGGAGACGGUGGAGGUGGUGAUCGAUCCAGACGCGGCUGCUGGCGAGGAAGCACAUCUGGUGGAGGAUGGACACGUGAUUGCGGUGGAGAGAGCCGCCAUUCCUGAUGAGACUUCAGAGCAGGUGACCCGCUGGGCGGCCGCAUUGGAAGGGUACCGCAAGGAGCAGGUUCGACUGAACAUUCCCUAUGACCCGGUGCAGUGGACAGCAGAUCAGGUGAUCCACUGGGCAGUUUGGGUUAUGAAAGAGUUCGGCAUUGAGGAAAUGGAGGUGGGUGGCAUUCACAUUCCCGGCCGCCAGCUCUGUGGUUUCAGCCAGGAGGAGUUCCUCCAGAGAGUGCCCAGUGGAGAGAUCCUGUGGAGCCACCUGGAGCUUCUACGCAAGUAUGUACUUGCGAGUCAGGAUCAGGGUCAGGAAGCAACAGUCACCAUUGAUCAACCUGUGCAGAUCAUUCCUGCCCCUGUGCAGCAGGCCACACCUACAGCCAUUAAGGUGAUGAAGCACAACAAAACUCCCCGAGCCCCCCGGAUCUCAGGAGAGGAGCGCAGCUCCCCUGGCAACCGCACAGGUAAUAACGGUCAGAUUCAGCUGUGGCAGUUUCUUUUGGAGCUGCUGACAGACAAGGAUUCUCGGGACUGCAUUUCCUGGGUGGGAGAGGAGGGCGAGUUCAAACUCAAUCAGCCUGAGCUGGUAGCUCAGAAAUGGGGUCAGCGCAAGAACAAGCCCACCAUGAACUACGAGAAGCUAAGCAGAGCUCUCAGGUACUACUACGACGGAGACAUGAUCAGCAAAGUGCAGGGCAAGCGCUUCGUCUACAAGUUUGUGUGCGACCUGAGGACUCUGAUCGGAUACAGCGCCGCAGAGCUCAACAGCCUGGUGACGGAGUGCGAGCAGAAGAAACUCGCCCGGGUGCAGCUGCACGGCCUCGGCCAGUCCGUCAACACAGUCACGCUGACCACUGCCACAGGCCAGCCCGUCACCACAGUCACUCUGGCUGCAGCAGCUUUGGAGAAAGACAGUUGAGGAGGGAGUGGCUUGUUACUCCCAGCCAAUCAGGAGACAAGUUUAAGAUGGGAGGAAACCGGGUUCAACAUUUGACUUUGGGGAGGGUGGGAAACAGCGGGUUUAUAAGCAGAUGUGCGCUUUGUUGCGAGUGUGUAUGUUUAAGCAUCCUUAAAAUGCUUAGAGAGUGAGUGUAUGUGUGGAUGUGAGAGACAAAAGUAUAGAUGAUCACGUAUGAGCUUUCAGUUUUUGUACGCUUGUUCUGACUGCAAGGUAGCAUCGGCUAUAUUUCCAUUGUAUAUACUCUGUUUUUGAUAGCCACGUGGGCAGUGUAUUUUGAUAUUUUCCAUUUGUAAAGGAUCUUUUGAGGUGAGGUACUUUUUACUGUCCACCAGAGGGCAAUAAAGAGACAGUUGGUUUUUGAAUUGCCCAGGUCUUGCAUAAUGCAGCAGAAAUCAAAAACACCCUUUGUUUCUUGUUUUGUGCACCAAACACCACAUCACAAGGACUUUAUAUGUACAUUCAAAACUUUAUUCAUGGAUUACAGUGUUGUAGAAAGCUUUUCCCCUUCUAAGCCAAUGGUUUGAAUAGACAAUGAAGGAAAAUGUCAAAUAGCUUUCCUUGUUCCCUACUGACCACAGACACUCACCUCAGAGUAUCCACUAAUCAGCACAACACCAGAUGUUAGAGCUAAGGUAAUUCUAUACAGGAACAUAAUGAGCAGUGUGCACUGUGACAUAACUGCACAAUGUUUGAAUCUGAUAAUGGCUGUCUCUCAUACAAUGUAUUUUACAACAUUCACAAUUUCCUUCAACAUCAUGGCACUUUUAAAAUAACUCUUAAGAGGUCAUUUCAAAAGACCGCAUGGCAUGAACCCAUUACAUUAAUAUUUCCUAUUUACCUGUUCCUUUCUAUCUGCUCUGGCCUGUAAGGUGCUAUGAGAUACUAAAGUGAAACAAUAAAAGAGGGGGAGAAGGUGAGGUGUUUCUGUCCCAAAAUGUGUUCGUGAAUAUCACAGACACUGGGGGGAAUACAAAGAGGGCAAAAUGGGACAAAAUUCACACAAUCCAAAAAUGGUGGCUAUUUCUGAAGCAAAAUCCCACCACCACUCCAUACCUUCCUUCCCUAAUCCCGGCCCCAUACCAAAUCCCCACAUGGAAUAAAACUUGACAAAGCAAAAAGGGUCUAGACCAUUAAAAUAAAAAAAAUCAGAGUGCAUGGAACGUUAAAGAACUAAAACGUGGGCUAAUAUUACACUUCAUAAUACAAUACAUACAUCUUUUUCCAGCCCCAUGCAACCAUUUAAGUGUGCGUGGCAUGGUCCAAAAGAAAUAAAAAGCACACUUUGAUUAAAGCAUGUCCCUGUGACGAUGUAGCCAAGCAGAUUUGUUUUCACUUAUUUAAAAUGUGAUCACAAGAAGACAAUAAAAUGUACAAUCCAGCUAAAAUCUCUACAUGAGAGAGAGGUCAAAGUCUGAGUCUGGAUUCAGAAACCAUCUCUCUGUUAAAAUUGCCAUGCACUAUAUAGAUACAGCUAGUUUCUGCCUUAAUUCAAUACAUAUUACACACAAAAUAAAAACAUUCUUUUCUUAUUUCUGUAAAUGUUUUUUUUUAUACCCUCUUUUAAUGUAUGGAUUUUUUCAUA